AUGGCGUCUUCCCAUGAUGAUGAUCCAAUAAUUGAAUUGUUUAAUGAAGAUGACUUUCAUACCGAUGAUCAUCCUGAAAAAUCAAAUUAUUUCAAUGCUAAUGAUAAGAAUUCAAAUAAUCAUCAUAAUGAUGAAGUUGAUCAGAUCAUAAAUCGAGACCCUAAGUCAGACCCCUUUGAUAUGCCAACUCCCAAUCUUAAUAAUACUUAUGUCAAUACUCCGAUUUUACCGCAACAUCAAUUAUAUGAAGUAUUUGAUGAGGUUGAUAAUAAAGUUAUUAAUGACAAACAUAAUAACAGAAUAGAUGAAUUGGAAAGUAAUGGAAGUGGGUCAUAUGAUAAUAGUUUAUUAGCUCCUAUAAAUGAUUUCAUAAGUCAUGGUAAUAAUCAAUUAGCUUUAAGUUCAAAUAUGAAACCUUAUUUACCUCCUUUAUCACCAUUAUCAGAAAGUGUCAUACCUAAUGGAUUAUCAAUCCAACCACUCACUUUACCAAUUGUCAACAAUGAACAGAAUAAUCCACAACAGCAAGACCAACAACAUCAACAUCAACAAUCACAGGCAUCUCAGGGGCAAUCUACUCAAAAUCUAUUAACAGCAAAUACAAAUACAGCUUCAUCAAAGAGACUGAAAAAAGAACCAACAGGUCCCAAGACUAGACCUUUAUUCGUUACUAAAUUAUGGUCUAUGGUAAAUGAUCCUAAUAAUAAAAAAUAUAUAAGAUGGAAUGAUAAUGGUCAAACAUUCCAAGUAUAUCAUCGAGAAGAAUUCAUGAGGAACGUGUUGCCAAAAUACUUCAAACAUAAUAAUUUCGCCUCCUUCGUAAGACAAUUAAACAUGUAUGGAUGGCAUAAAGUUCAAGAUAUUAAUAGUGGAACCUUAUCUAAUGGAUCCAUCGGGAAUAAUAAUGAUAAUGUGGGAUCAGAUGAUGAGAUUUUACAAUUUGAAAAUCCAAAUUUCAUACGGGGUCAAGAAGAAUUAUUGGAUAAGAUUGUAAGGAAUAAACCAACUACAAAUCAAAGUAAUGAUGAAAAUGGAGCAAAUAAUCUUAAUGUAUUAAACAAUUCAACUACCAACACUAUCAAUCAAAUCAAUUUCCAAAUAUUAAUUAAUGAAUUAGAUCAAAUUAAAAUGAAUCAAUUAGCUAUAAGUGAAGAUUUAAGAAGAAUAAGAAAAGAUAAUAAAACUUUAUGGAAUGAAAAUUUCAUGGCUAGAGAAAGACAUAGUACUCAAGCUCAAACUUUAGAUAAGAUUUUAAAUUUCUUAUCAGUAAUGUAUGGAAAUAAUAGUGGAGCAGGGAAAAUCUUGGAAGUUAAUGAUGUACCAUUUAAUAAUCUUAAUUCAAAUGUUGGAAAUAACAAUAAUGCAGUUGACAAAUCAGUUAAUGAUUUAUAUAAUGAUGCUAAUAAUGUUUACGCUCAGGCUCAGUCUUCUGCAGGACAACCAUUCAAAAAGCAACCAUUAAUGUUAACUCAAAAACCGUUUAAACAAUCUCCAAAAUCCUCAUCUUCUUCAACAACCUCCACUCGUCAUAAUAGUUCAAUCAAUCCAGCCAAUAGAACCAGCGUGGCUGAGUCAUCAACCGGUUCCAUUGAAGAAAUAAUGAGAUCAAUUGGUAAUACACCUACCAGUAAUAACAAUAGACCAGGAAAUUAUGGAUCAAUUAAUAAUAAUAGACCAAGUAAUGAAAGUGUUGAUAAUGCUAAUAGGAUCUAUCAACAAAUUAUAAAUCAAGAACCGGUACCUCCAUCAUCUAGUGGUAAUUCAUCUAACAAUAACUUGGUGUCCUCACCUCGAAAUUACUUUCCCGAAUUGAAUUCAAAUGUAAAUAGUCCUGCUCCAUAUUUAGCGGGUACAAAUACUAAUGCAUAUAUGAGAAUUGAUGAACCUGUUCCUAAUUCAACUGAUAUUAUCACCGGUUUAGAACAGAAUAUAUAUAAACAAGGACAAUCCAUCCAACAAGUUCAGGACUGGAUCCAAAAGUUGGCUCAACAACAACAACAAUUACAACAGCAACAACAGGAUGAACAACGUCGUCAAUCUCUGAUCAUUGAAGAUGAUGAAGAUGAUCUUAUCAAUAACAAUAAUAAUAAAGGUGGAUCUAAUAACCAUAAAAUAAGUGAUGAUUUUGAUGGAGAGAUUAUUAAUUCCAAUCAUAUCGGUGGAAAUACUGAUGAAUUUGAUGUGAAUGAAUUUUUAAAUAGUACUCAGCCAAUCAAUCCUUCAUCUGAAGGAGAUGUAAUUACACCUAAUAGUGUGGUUAAUAUCGAUCUUACGGAGGAUAAUCACGAUUCAUAUCAUCAAAUUAGUAAUAAUAAUAAUAAUUACAGAGGUUCUAAAAGAUCACUUGAAGAAGUUUACGACACUAAUAAUAGUAAUAAUAAUAAUAAUAAUUUAAGAUCUAAUCAAAAAAGGAAGGUGAAUAGAAAAGGUUAA